AUAUAAUAUGCCACUUAGGAAUGACAAUAUAAUGCCAUAUAAAUUUUUAAAAUUACACACAGAAAAAUGGAAACAAUAUCCAAGAUUUCCCUGAUAUUGGUUCUAUUCCUAAUUGUUGACUUCAGUCGUUUAACAAAUUAUAAAUCAUCAUCGUCAUCAUUACUGGUACAAGCGUCCACUACUAAAUUAGAAUUAAAACAAGAGCAACUACAACAUAAUAUUAAUAAUAAUGAUUUAAAAACUACAUCAUGUAUUACCACCCUGGCUAAUGAUCCAUUGAGCCUACUUAAGCAGCAACAACACAACAACAACAAUUGCAACUUCAUAACCAACAGAUUUUUAGAGAAAUUUUUCCAACAUCCUUUAGCUGCUAUUGGUAUAGGCAAAGAUGGAUCUGACACCACCACCAUAACUGAUGAUAUAGAAGAUAGAGAUAUUUUAUCUGAUUAUCAAGAUGAUAUUAUAGGUUUCAAUACACCCCUAGCGGGUGUGGCUGAAGAAGACAAUGUCUUUAAAUUAUUUUGUGAAAACACUUCGAUACCCAACGUUAAUGAAGAGCUAAAAGCUAAAAAAUAUAUUAAAUAUGCCCACAUAAUACUGAACCAUUGCUAUGAAGGCCACAAACAGCAGGAUGUCUAUUUGCAAAUGCAACAGCUGGAGAGUGUGCAUAGUUUACAUUGGACUUCGUCGGGGGUAAAAGAUCGUCAACUGCAGGAUCUCUUUAAGAAUUAUGAAACAAAUUUUGACAAUUUACAAUCUUUGGAUUUGUCACGUAACGCCUUAGUCUGCAUAGAGUGGGUGCGUCCGCGCGUGGUAAGACGCCUCAGAGUACUUAAGCUAACGGGCAACGAAAUCGAUAUGGAAUUGUGUGACUUUUCGCCUUUACACCAUGCUAACCAUUUGAUUGAAUUACGCUUGGAUAAUAAUCGUCUGCACGUAUUUAAUGGCAAAUUUCUAAGCAAUUUAAGUGAACUGAAGGUUUUAAACUUGACCCAUAAUUUCCUAACCGAUCUUCCGCGCAAUAGUUUCGAUGGUGUCUUUAAACUGCAAAGAUUACAUGUGGCCCACAAUAGACUGAAAGUUUUGCCUUUUCAACUGUUUCGUUCGAUGGGCGAUUUACAGAUACUCAAUUUGGCCGACAAUCAACUCUUGUCUUUUCCCGAUAAUUUCUUUGCCUCGAAUGGCGAAAUGCGCAUAUUACAGCUGCAAAGAAAUCAACUGCAAAUGAUCAACCGCAACUCGUUUUAUAAUUUACAGAAACUCUUACAUUUAGAUUUAUCGGAAAAUCAAAUUGCCACCAUUGAUCGCAAGUCCUUUGAGUCGUUGAAGAAUUUAAUAACCCUGAAUAUAUCCUCGAAUGCUUUAACAACUAUUUCCUCCAUUCUAUUCCACCCGCUACAGCGUCUGCAACAUUUGGACCUGAGCAAUAAUCGUUUUACCCAACUGCCAAGUGGUGUAUUUAUGCAUCAGAGAAAUUUAAUUUCAUUGCGCAUCGAGCAUACCCCGAUUGAAAAGCUUAACAAUUGGUUGUCACGCAAUGACAACUCGUAUGUUGAUUCGUCGAUCCUAAAACAUUUAACUUAUCUGUCGCUGCAACACAAUCAUCAAUUGAAAACGUUGAGCAAAACUCUCUUCUUGAAUGCGCCCAAUUUAAAAAUUCUACUGCUGGCCCAUAAUGCCCUGCAACAACUGCCGUCAGAGGUAUCGUCCCUACAUCAAUUGGAACGUCUUAGCGGCCAUAAUAAUCUUUCCUUUUUACCUGAAACCCUAAGUUAUUUGCCUAAUUUACGCAAUAUCAAUAUUUUGAACAAUGAUUAUAUAUGUGACUGUAAACUCUAUUGGUUGGCAUCGUGGUUGACAUCGACAAACACUAGCCUUCGUAUGCAUCGACGUUCGGCCUCGUCUUUUCUGAUGGAAAAUCACAAUGAGUUUACGUCUUCUGAAAAAUCAGAAGACUUAGACUUGAUUUCAUCAUUGAAAUGUCUACACGGUUAUCCGGGCGAUAUGAUAUCGGUGUUGAAAACUUUAAAUUGUACAACGCCGCGUUUGCAAAGUGCGACCGGAGUUAAAAUGCAUGAAUUACAUUCGACUGCCAAAUUGGACUGUUUAUUUCGGGCAGUCCAUCACCAGAUGUUUUGGGUAACACCAACAAAUAAAAUAUUACGUUAUCAUGCCGAUCCUGAUAAACGUCCAAUUAUAAUCAAUCACAACGACAAAGAAUUGGGUAAAUUUCAAUUUAAUAAACUGACCGGUGAUGAGACAACACUGAAUGUUAGUCUACAACGACCAGAUGCCAAGGAGCGUAUCGCACUAAUAGAAAAUGGUUCGUUGGUUAGCAAUAUAACGAGACGUGAUAGUGCUUAUACAUGCUAUGCUUACAAUGUUAUGGGAAAUGCUUCAGCAUUCCACAGACUACAAAUAGAUCCUAUGUUUUUUACCGCGUUAAAAUUGGUAGUUUAUUAUCGGGUUAUAGCGGCGGCUACAUCAUUUUUAUUAUUGACCUUAAUUGUACAAGGAUUAAGAGCAAUUUUCAAUAAAUAUCGUUUUUGUGAAAAAUUCUUCUGUUGUGCAUCUCGUAGCAAACGUUCGCCGCGAUCGAAACAAAUCUAUGCUAUGCUGGAUAGUAUAGAGACCUAUAAAAGUCAACAGCUGGAAAAGUUAAGAGAAAAUUAUGCUCAACAGGUACAUCGCAUACGCGAGAAUUGCACACAACAAGUGGAAUGGAUACAAAGUAGUUACACUUCUCAGGCGAAACAUUUAAAAGAAUUUCGUGAUAUUGGUUCAAAUCAUUUAACAUCACUUAAAGAUCAGUAUUAUGAUCAGGUGAAAAAGGUUCGUGACUACUCGACUGGCCAAUUGAAUUGGGUACGUGAAAAUUAUGUCUUCCAACGCAAUAAAAUACGUAAAUUCAGUGCUCAUCAAGUGUUGCGUUUACGCGAAGGCUACAAAUAUCAACAGCAAAGUCUUAACAAAGUUUUAGAAAAUUUACCCAGCUUUUAUUUUGAAAAUUGUCGUGGCCGUGGCGAAGAAGAUAUUGCAGAAG